UUCAAAUUUUAAACAAACAGUUUUCCGCUCCAAUUUCCUACAUCAGUUUUAUAGCUUCGAGCCAAAACUUUUCAUCCGGCACUGGAGAAAUAACUGCUCCCGAAACACAUUUGUUCAUAAGCCCGCGAGCGGUUCAGUUUAAAUUCUUCGCGACUGAUGCGGUUGCUUGGAACGGAUUCAUUAAACAACAACGAGCGAAUUUGCGAUAAAAAUGAUAAUGUUUGUUCUGGGAUUUGUUCUCUUGCCACUCCAUAUCACCGGGCCGGGCAGUCAGACUAGCAAGUGCGCCUUUUGAAUCACCAGCAUCGUUUGUAAUCAGUGCUAGGAUUUCUAGCUAUGGCAAGGGUGAAGGUGCAACAGGAAAGUGAAAAUGCAGCAGAGGAAACCAAAGAUGGCAGUCUGUAUCAGAUCAUAUUUAGCAACGUUAUCUUUCCGUUUGCGGAUCGCUUUGUUCAGAUAUUCAAGGUACACAUAAUUUCACGAAAUCGACCGAAAAUGGUUCAUUUUUCAUCAACAGGAACGAACAUUCAGUUCAAAUCGGUGUUUAAUCAGUUUAUAGCAGCUCUCGCAGUUAAUGCCAUUACACUCGGCCACGGUGUUGUAAUCGGAUGGGUUUCACCGUUUAUGCCAUACCUGCAAUCUGAUGUGACACAUCUGACAUCCGGUCCGGUCAGUACUGAACAGGCUUCCUGGAUUGGGUCGACACUUUGCAUCGGUGGAGUGAUUGGCGCUGCCACAUUCGGGAUUCUAACAGAACGAUUAGGCAAAAAGCGGGGUCUGCAACUGAUCGCGAUUCCACAGUUGUUCUAUUGGUUCCCACAAAAGGGCUUCUGGCUAUGCAUCCUAUUCGGAACAAAUGUUUACUUUCUGUAUCUGGGUCGAAUUGUGGCUGGAAUCGGUGGCGGUGGUAUACAUCGAGCCGUUCCGUUAUACAUAGCUGACAUAGCCGACUGUAGACUUCGUGGAAUGCUAGGAUCGUUGCUAUCCCUAUCCUUCAACUUUGGCAUCCUGCUAGGAUUCAUAAUGGGCAAUUAUCUAGCGUACUUCAUCGUUCCAUUUAUUUCGUUGAGCGUCCCCAUAGUAUUUAUCGUGGCCACAAGCUUGCUGCCGGAGACACCUUACUGUUUGUUGAAACGAAGUCGAAACGAAACGGCCGAACGAUCCCUGAUGUUCUAUCGGGGAAUUCGAGGACACUUCCAGAAAACCGCAGAAUUUCAAGACGAAUUUGAUUUGUUGAAAAAAUCUGUACAAAUGGAGAAUGAAAACUUGGAGACCAGCAAAGUAACAUGGAAGGAUUUUUGUACAGCACAGACGCGAAAAGGAUUCGGAAUUGGAAUUUUUCUGAUGCUUUUAACCCAGUUCAGUGGAACAUUAGCAAUCAUCACCUACACGGCCACCAUUUUCGAAGAAUCCGGUUCAAGUCUCUCGCCGAGCGUGUCCUCCAUUAUAGUAGCAAUAAUUCAGCUCGUUGGCACGGUUGUUGCAUUUGCCCUAGUUGACAAUAUAGGUCGUAAAAUACUGUUGUUAAUAUCCACGAUCGGAACCAUGGCGGGUUUGUUUGCUCUCGGACUCUUUUCAUUCUUGAAACACGAUGGGCAUGACUUGAAUCAGUUGGACUUUUUACCGAUUGCAAGCUUAUCUUUUACAAUCCUCCUUGCAUCGAUUGGUAUAUUACCUUUACCUCUUGUGAUCAUAGCCGAGGUGUUGCCGCAGAAGAUCAGAAACGCUGGCAGCACAAUCAGCAUCAUAACAAUGUCGAUAAGUGCAUUCAUUGUUCUUAAGAUUUUCCCGAUCAUGUUGGACCGAAUAUAUUUGUACGGCACAAUGUGGGUUAUGUCAGCCAUUUGUUUAGUCAGUACGUUUAUUAUCCUUUUUGUGGUACCAGAGACGAAGGGAAAAAAUCUCACGAUUGCUUAUGACAGCGAUGUGAAAAAACUUAUUUUGCCAGGAUUUCUAGCUAUGAUAAUAGCCAGAGUGUCAGAGAGUAGUGAAUAUGCAGUAACAAAAAUCAAAGAUUGCAGCCUGUAUCAGAUCCUUUUUCACAAUGUUAUUCCUCCGUUCUCCAAUCGAUUUGUAAAUAUAUUCAAGGUGCACUUAAUAUCACGAAACCGACCAGAAAUGAUUCACUGUUCAUCAACACAACCGAACAUUCAGUUUAAAUCAUUGGUCAAUCAGUUUAUGGGAGCUAUCGCGGUUAACGUAAUAACCCUUGGCCAUGGCACAGUGAUUGGUUGGGUUUCGCCGUUCCUGCCUUAUCUGCAAUCUGGUAAGACACAUCUGGCAUCCGGGCCGAUCAGUACUGAAGAGGCUUCCUGGAUUGGGUCAACUGUUAACAUAGGUGGAGUGUUUGGUGCUAUCAUUUUUGGGUUCCUGACAGCGCGAUUAGGCAAAAAGCGUGGUCUUCAACUGAUUGCUAUUCCACAGCUGGGUUUCUGGCUAUGGAUCUUAUACGGGACAAACGUCUAUCACCUGUAUCUAGGACGAGUACUAGCUGGAAUCGGAGCCGGCGGUAUCCUACGAGAAAUCCCGCUAUAUAUAGCCGACAUUGCCGAUUGUAGGCUUCGUGGAAUGUUGGGUGCGUUGCUGGUGCUGUCGCUCAAUAUUGGCAUCCUGCUGAGCUUCAUAAUGGGCAAUUAUCUGUCAUACUUCACCGUGCCUUUGAUUUCGUUGAGCGCUCCUAUAAUAUUCAUCGUGGCGACAUGUUUGCUGCCUGAAACACCUCACUGCUUACUGAAGCAAAGCCAAGAAGAAGCGGCCGAACGAUCCCUGAUGUUCUACCGAGGAAUUGGAACACACUCCCAGAAAACAGCCGAAUUUAAAAACGAGUUCGAUUUCUUGAAAAAAGCUGUACAGAAAGAGAAAGAAUCCUCUGAUGACAAAAAGCUACAGUGGAAAGAUUUCUGUUCACCACAAGCACGAAAGGGACUCGGAAUUGGAAUAUUUCUGAUGUUUCUAACCCAGUUCAGUGGAGCAGUAGCAAUUGUCACUUACACAGCUCCCAUCUUUGAAGAAUCCGGCUCAAAUCUCUCUCCGAACGUGUCCUCCAUCAUUGUGGCAGUAAUUCAACUCGUUGGAACGGUUGUUGCUUUUUCCCUCGUAGAUAAUAUAGGGCGAAAAUUACUAUUACUAAUCUCCACCUUUGGUACUGCGGCAGGUUUAUUUACUUUGGGUCUUUUCUCUUUUCUCGAACACGAAGGACAUGAUUUGAAUCAGUUCAAUUUUCUUCCAAUUGCUAGCUUAUCUUUCACAAUCCUUCUUGCAUCGAUCGGAAUAUUACCUUUGCCUGUUGUGAUCAUAGCCGAAGUGUUGCCGCAGAAAAUCAGAAACGCUGGCAGCACACUCAGUAUUAUAACAAUGUCGUUUAGUGCAUUCUUCGUCCUUAAGAUCUUCCCUAUUAUGUUGGACCAAAUUAAUCUAUAUGGCACAAUGUGGAUUCUGACAGCUAUUUGUUUAGUCAGUACGUUGGUAAUCAUUUUCGUCCUAUCAGAGACCAAGGGAAAAAAUCUCACUUUUACCGAUGAAAGCAAUGUUAAAAAGUGA